GGUUUCUGGGUUUUUGCUGGUUAGAUUUUAAUGGGUUGAGAGUUGUCGGUUCAUAAACUCAGAUUAAAUCUUUGAUAUUCCUUUCAACUUUUUAAUUGAUUAUCGUGUUAAGGCGAGAUUUGUGGUUGACUUGAGUGAGAGUUUGGAAUUUUUUGGAGAGUAAUUAAUGAGAAUUCCCUGGUUUUGCGUGGAGAUUACACCCAAAUUUCUCUGGAUGCUAAAUUAGAAUAAUUAUUGCAGGAGAGAGAGAAAGAGAGAGAGAGAGAGGGGGUUGAGUAUUUCUAUUGUGUUUUUCUGUGUAAAUCUGAGGAAGACUCAAGUUGCCUAAAGGAGCUGAUUAGUCUGCAUCUACAGUUAAGCCUGGAAUCUGUUUGAUUUAGAAAUGUGCAAAGCGGAGAAGUUUCUAUACAACAGGAAACUGUGGGAGAUGAAGGUUAAGUUUCUAGGAGAUAGCAAGAUAGAGAAGCUCAAGAACUCGUUGGUUUCCAGGUCCCGUAUGAGCCUAUGGAUGAUCCGAGCUAUGACGAUAUUGUUGCUAUGGAGUUGUUUUGUUCAUCUGGUGGCUUUGGGAGAGAUGUGGGGACCAAGAUUGCUGAAAGGCUGGCCUUCUUGUUUCAAUCACCAUGAUUUCCCAAUGGCUGCAGAAAUGUCUUCUCUUCCCAUCAAAAUCGCCCUCCCGCCUAAGAGGAUAUAUCAGAACAAUGGCUAUCUUAUGGUUUCUUGCAAUGGAGGACUCAACCAAAUGCGAGCAGCGAUAUGUGAUAUGGUCACAAUUGCAAGAUACAUGAAUGCCACACUUAUUGUCCCGGAGCUUGACAAGACCUCGUUUUGGAAUGAUCCAAGUGAGUUCAAAGACAUUUUCGAUGUGGAUCACUUCAUAACUUCUUUAAGAGAUGAGGUUCGUAUACUCAAAGAGCUUCCUCCAAGGCUUAAGAGAAGGGUCAAGCUCGGGAUGUACCACACCAUGCCUCCUAUCAGCUGGUCCAACAUGUCCUACUACCAAGACCAGAUUCUUCCGCUGGUGAAGAAGCAUAAGGUCUUACAUCUGAACAAGACCGAUACUCGACUUGCUAAUAACGAACUGCCUGUUGAGAUUCAGAAGCUGCGAUGCCGAGCAAAUUUCAACGGCCUUAGGUUUACUCCAAAGAUUGAGGAGUUGGGUAGAAGAGUAGUCAAGAUUCUGAGGGAGAAAGGUCCCUUUUUGGUUCUGCAUCUCAGAUACGAAAUGGAUAUGUUGGCAUUUUCUGGUUGCUCACAUGGUUGCAACCGCUACGAAGAGGAAGAACUUACAAGAAUGAGAUAUGCUUAUCCGUGGUGGAAAGAGAAAGUAAUAAACUCUGAGGUGAAGAGGAAAGAAGGUCUUUGCCCAUUGACUCCAGAGGAAACAGCUCUUACACUAUCCGCAUUGGGUAUUGACCGUAAUGUUCAGAUUUACAUUGCUGCUGGAGAAAUUUAUGGUGGGAAAAGGCGGUUAAAGGCUUUAACAGACGUUUUUCCAAAUGUGGUCAGGAAAGAAACUCUACUCGAUUCAUCUGAUUUGAGUUUUUGUCAGAACCAUUCUUCUCAAAUGGCUGCUCUUGAUUACCUUAUCUCGCUUGAAAGUGAUAUAUUCGUGCCUACAUAUUAUGGGAACAUGGCGAAAGUCGUGGAAGGUCAUCGCAGGUUCUUGGGGUUCAAGAAGACGAUCGAGCUAAACCGGAAGUUCUUGGUUAAGCUAAUAGAUGAAUACUAUGAAGGACUGUUGAGCUGGGAAGUGUUUUCAACCAUGGUAAAGGCCUUUCACGCUACAAGAAUGGGAGGUCCAAAGAAGCGACUUGUGAUUCCGAACAAACCGAAAGAAGAAGACUAUUUCUAUGCGAAUCCAUAUGAAUGCCUUCAGCUAUUACAUGAGAAUAAUGGCAAUUCACUAGACGAAACCAAAUGAUCUUAUCCACCAUUGUCGUCUUUGUCGAUGGAGAUAUAUAUUAGGUUUCGCAGGGUGAUGCAGGAUAUGGAUGGAUGAUUAUCAAUCUUUGAAGAUGGGGUUUUAAAACAGAUUGUGAGAAGUUAUUUAGAAUUCUUUGGUAUUUCAGAGAUUUCUGAAGAGUUUCUUCCGUGGAUGCUGCAGAAAGGUUGAAGCUUUCAUUGUAAAGUUUGCAAAUUUGUCCUCUGAUACAAUCAUUCUCAUCAUCUAUGGGCUUGCAGUUUUGGUAGCUAAAAAUGGUAAAAUUAAAUUAUGCAGUGUAAAAAAAAAUUAUGUUACUUAUUAUUA